GCACAAGCAGGAAACCAUGGAGUCGAGCGGUUAACUGGGUGUUUUAACGGUAUUCUCUUCUACGUUUUAAAUUUUAAAAGAGGCGAUGGUAGUUUGGAUGAGACGUUUCGAAGCUCCGAAUUACCACAACCAUAAAGGCACCGUUACGUCCACUUCCAUGUGCUCUUUACGCUGUGGGAUUUUUCUGCUGCAGUCAGACGAAGGAACCAGUUUCAGAGCUGUCAGUGAACUUUUAAUGGACAGUAUAACCUGUUUGACGCGUAGACUGUAUGUAAAAGGGUUUGAGGAAGCUUAAAAAAAAAAAAAAAAAAAAAAGUUGCUUAUGCUAUCAACACACAACAUCAACAUAGGUUUUAACAAGCAUCUCAUGUUGACUUUUCUGAAGGAGGCAUGGAGCAUCCAGCUUGUAUUUUGGAGGAGUUGAAGCAGUUUGUUGUAAACGAUGCCCCACCGACGGUGUAUUACAUCCCAGAUUUCAUAUCUGAAGACGAGGAGUCCUACCUUCAACUGCAGGUGAACAGGUCUCCAAAAACUAAAUGGACUCAGCUGUCAGGCAGAAGGCUGCAGAACUGGGGAGGGUUACCGCAUCCCAAAGGCAUGCUGGCAGAAAAGAUUCCCGACUGGCUCCAGACGUACUGCGAGAAAAUAUCCUCUCUGGGUGCAUUCAGUGGGAGAACUGCCAAUCAUGUGUUGGUGAAUGAGUACAAACCAGGAGAGGGGAUUAUGCCUCACGAAGACGGCCCUCUGUACCACCCUACAGUCACCACCAUCAGCCUGGGCUCUCACACCCUCCUUGACUUCUACAGGCCCAUCAGCAGCCUGGAGGACGACGCACCGCAGACAGAGGAGAACCGCUUCCUCUUCUCCCUGCUGGUGAAGCCGCGCAGUCUUCUGAUCCUGCAGGACGAAAUGUACCAGAGGCUCCUGCACGGCAUCCGGCCCCACGCCCAGGACACGCUGACGGACAAGGUGGUGAACCUGUCGGCCGCCGGGGCCCUGCCAGGAGAGACGCUGACCCGAGGCACCAGAGUGUCACUGACCAUAAGACAUGUGCCCAAAGUUAUGAAGACGAAGCUUAUACUGGGGAGGAAAUGAAGAGACGUACUACAGGCUGUCUUUGCCACUGGGAAUCUCCUCCCAAGCUGCUUUAUUAAUUAUGUUUCACAUGUCUGUAAUGGACCACUUCUAUCUGACGGUUGCAACUAGAAAUUGUUUAAAUCAUGGAUUCAUUUUUUUUUAAAUAUUAUGAGGGAUUAUGGGACCUCUGUAGCACAUAUCUUUGGAUCAAAUAACAACAGAAGAAAUGCUGUCUUUAAAUGUCUUCAAACAUUCAAUUUAUUAUCAGAAAGCGAAGCGUGUAUGUGCAACUCUGAAGCUGUGACCACCAAAUGUUUGGUAUUUUUAGUUGAUGAAUGUAAUAAUUAUUCAGCUCUUAAACCUGGAAUUAUUUUUUGUUGAUUCAUCAACUUCUUGUUUCAGCACUGCAUACAUAAAAUAGAUGUAAAAUCAUUA